UUCAAUUAGGACCUUGCCGCCUAAUGUGACGCAGGGGGUCGGGAAGUGAGCACUACCCCUUGUCAACUACCCAUGACGAUCGAUACAAGACGGACUUACAAAACCUAUAUUUGCCGCAGUUUUGUGUAAUUGUGAAGUUGAGGAGUUUGUGACAACCCUGACAUGGCCGGGGGAGGCAGAAAAGACGAUGAGGGAGAAGAAAGCAUGGACUUUGACGACGUGGGGGAAGAGGGGGAUAACUUCCCUCCUUUUCGGGGUUCCUACUAUUCGCCCCAAGUUGGAGACGAUUCUGAAAAUCUUACGCCUAUGCAAGAGGAAGAGGUUGCUGAAGAGGUGACAGAGAAGAAAGGAAAGAAGAGAAAAACUAGAGAUGGAAGUGAGAAGAAGAAGAAAUCUAAGAAGAAGAAAAAAAGACAAGCUGAAAGUGACAUUGAACAGGCCAGUGACGCAGAAGAAGAGGAGGAAGAUGCCCCUGUUGAGGUCACUCCUAAGGAGAAAAAGAAGAAAGGAAAAGAAAAGAAGGAGAAGACAUCCUCUGAGAUCUGCGAUUCCUAUGGUAUGGUUGAUGUUGACAUCGAGUACACAGACGAGGACUACAAGACUCUGACAAACUAUGCACUGUUCAGUAAACAUGUGAGACCUAUGUUGAUGAAGGAAAAUCCAAAAGUGUCCACAACAAAGAUGGGCAAUGUUGUUGCUGCUAAGUGGCGUGAAUUUGCCAGACAAAUAUCGGCAAAAGCUCACGAAACAACUCCAAGCAAAGCAGAGGGACCAUCUGACUUACCACUAUGCUCAUUAAUGUUGAGUCCCAGGGAGGGUGAACUGGAUGAAUCAGUGGACGAGAAGCCAUCUCGUUCGAAGAAAUCUAAAUCGAAAAAGGGUGCAAUUGCUCCUUUGAAGAUUAAAAUCAGCAAGAAGAAGAAAAAGAAGAAGAACAGUUCAGAUGAGGAAGAAGGUUUCAACACAAGUGAUGAAGAGUUCGAGAGGCAACUGGAGGAAGCUAGUCUGUUAAGUGAAGUAGCAAAGGCAGAAGGUGGAUCGUCACGGAAACGGAAAGGGAAAGGAAAGGGCAGGAAAAAGAAGACGAGGACAACAAACAAAUAUCCUGAUGAUCCUGAUGCUGACGGUUAUGAGACAGAGCAUCAGGACUACUGCGAGGUGUGCCAGCAGGGAGGGGAGAUAAUCCUGUGUGACUCGUGUCCUCGGGCAUACCACUUGGUGUGUCUGGAGCCAGAGUUGGAGGAGGCCCCUGAGGGAAAAUGGAGCUGCCCCCAUUGUGAGGGAGAAGGGAUCAAGGAACAGGAAGAAGAUGAACACAUGGAGUUUUGCCGCGUGUGUAAAGACGGGGGCGAGCUUCUCUGUUGCGACAGCUGUCCCUCGGCCUAUCACCCCAACUGUCUCAAACCGCCAAUUCAAAAUGUUCCCGAUGGUGACUGGCAUUGUCCACGCUGUUCUUGUGAGCCCCUGAUUGGCAAGGUUGCUAAGAUCUUAACCUGGCGCUGGAAGGAACCCCCAAAGACAGAUGAUGAACUUGAUCACACACAUCAUGAAGAUCUGAAGAAAGAUGAUUCCAAGCUUGUGCGCGAGUUCUUCGUCAAGUGGCACGACAUGUCCUACUGGCACUGUAACUGGAUUACUGAGCUGCAGCUUGAUGUGUAUCACCCGGCAAUGUUCAGAAACUACAUCCGCAAGUAUGACAUGGAUGAGCCCCCGCCACUGGAGGACGGCAGCACGUACCGAGACAAGAUGGACAGCGAGGACCCACACAACCUGGAGGAUAGGUUCUACCGAUACGGGGUGCGGCCAGAGUGGUUACAGAUACACAGGAUCAUUAACCACAGAACCACCCGAGAUGGCACCACGUGGUACCUGACUAAGUGGAGGGACUUGCCGUAUGACCAGGCAACCUGGGAGUCCGAGGACUCCGGAAUAGCGGACUUCAAGAAAUUUGUAGAUCAGUAUGAAAGCUUAAGAAACUUGAUGAACGGUAAUGGUGUCUCGGACAAGAAGGGGAAGAAGGGUAAAAGUGCCAAGAAGACCCGGGACAAAGAAAUUGAGGUGCAGACGCCAAAAAUGCCACCUGUGUAUCCCACCACAGACUUACGCAAGAAGUUCGAUACACAACCUGAAUACAUCGAAGCCACAGGUGGCAGACUCCACCCUUACCAGCUGGAGGGUCUCAACUGGCUCCGCUUCUCUUGGCAAAACGGGACAGACACCAUCCUGGCUGAUGAGAUGGGUCUCGGCAAGACCAUCCAGACCAUCUCCUUCCUGUACUCACUCUUCAAGGAGGGACAUUCUAAAGGGCCGUUCUUGGUCAGUGCUCCUCUGUCAACCAUCAUUAACUGGGAGAGAGAGUUCGAGUUCUGGGCACCGGAGAUGUAUGUUGUCACUUAUGUUGGUGACAAGGACAGCCGAAUGGUCAUCAGAGAACAUGAGUUUUCCUUUGAUGAAGGAGCUAUCCGUGGUGGAGCUAAAGCCUCCAAAGUGAGGGAGGGAUGUGCGAUCAAGUUCCACGUGCUGCUCACAUCAUAUGAACUGAUAUCAAUUGAUAGUGCUACUCUGGGCUCCAUUGGCUGGGCUGUGCUAGUGGUUGACGAGGCCCACAGACUCAAGAACAACCAGUCGAAGUUUUUCCGUAUCUUGAGUUCGUACAAGAUCGGGUACAAGUUGCUGUUGACGGGAACUCCUCUGCAGAAUAACCUGGAGGAACUGUUCCAUCUCCUCAACUUCCUCACGCCGGAGAACUUCAAUGAUCUUCAAGGCUUCCUUGACGAGUUUGCCGACAUCUCGAAGGAGGAUCAGGUGAAAAAGCUGCAUGAUCUGUUAGGUCCACAUCUGCUCCGACGUCUCAAGGCCGAUGUCCUUAAGGGAAUACCUUCCAAGAGUGAAUUCAUCGUCAGGGUGGAGCUCAGUCCAAUGCAGAAGAAAUACUACAAGUACAUCUUGACGAGAAACUUUGAUGCAUUGAAUACCAAAGGUGGGACUCAGGUGUCUCUACUUAACAUCAUGAUGGACUUGAAGAAGUGCUGCAACCACCCCUAUCUCUUCCCUACUGCUGCUAUGGAAGCUCCUAAGUUCCCUAAUGGUGCCUUUGAGGGUCAGUCGUUGAUCAGGUCAUGUGGAAAGCUAGAGCUGCUGUGUAAGAUGAUGAGAAAGCUGAAAGAACAAGGCCAUAGAGUGCUCAUCUUCUCCCAGAUGACCAAGAUGUUGGACAUUCUGGAGGACUUUAUGGAGGCGGAGGGCUACAAGUAUGAGAGGAUAGACGGAGGAGUGACUGGGUCUCUCAGGCAGGAUGCUAUAGACAGGUUUAACGCCACUGGAGCCCUUGCCUUCUGCUUCUUGCUGUCCACAAGGGCGGGUGGUCUUGGUAUCAAUCUUGCCACCGCCGACACCGUCAUCAUCUAUGACUCAGAUUGGAACCCUCACAACGAUAUCCAGGCUUUCAGUCGUGCUCACAGAAUUGGGCAGGCUAACAAGGUGAUGAUCUACCGUUUUGUAACCCGAGCGUCGGUCGAGGAGAGGAUUACACAGGUGGCCAAGAAGAAGAUGAUGUUGACCCACUUGGUCGUCAGACCUGGACUUGGCAACAAGAGCACAACUAUGUCCAAGAAAGAGCUUGAUGACAUACUCAAAUUCGGUACAGAGGAGCUCUUCAAAGAGGAAGAAAAAGGUGAUGAUCGAAUCGUGUACGAUGACGCAGCAUUGUCUCGUCUGCUGGAUCGAACCCAAGAGGGCCAGGAGGAGAAGGAGAUGGCCAUGAAUGAGUACCUAAGCUCCUUCAAGGUGGCCAGCUACCAGGUCAAGGAAGGGGAGGAAGAGGAUGAGACGGAGAUGGAGGUGUUAAAGCAGGAGGCAGAGCAUGCCGACCCAGCGUACUGGGAGAAGCUGCUACGGCACCACUACGAGCAGCAGCAGGAGGACAUGGCCCGCACACUUGGCAAGGGGAAGAGAGUCCGCAAACAGGUCAACUACAACGAUGCCAUGAAUGGCCAGGAAGAUGAAGCAUGGAAGGAGAGCAUGUCUGAUUUCGACUCCGACUUCAACAAUGAAGAGGAUGAUGACGACUUUGAAGACAAACCUGAAGUUCGAGGGCGUAACAAGCGAGGCAAUGAGAAAGAUAGACCACUGCCACCUUUAUUGGCUCGUGUCAAUGGACAGAUUGAGGUGCUUGGUUUCAAUGCUCGACAGAGGAAGGCUUUCCUCAACGCUGUGAUGAGAUGGGGUAUGCCUCCUCAAGAUGCAUUCAAUUCUCAGUGGUUGGUCCGAGAUCUCCGUGGGAAAUCCGAGAAAGUAUUCAAGGCCUAUGUCUCCCUCUUCAUGCGGCAUCUCUGUGAACCAGGAGCAGAUAACUCCGAAACCUUCGCUGAUGGUGUGCCAAGGGAAGGACUGUCUCGACAACAUGUACUCAUACGAAUUGGAAUCAUGUCUCUUGUUAGGAAGAAGAUUCAGGAAUUUGAGGCGAUCAAUGGCACACACAGCAUGCCGUAUGUGAAGGCUGAGGAUGCUGUUGAAAGGAUGAAGAAGGAGGCUGCACUUGCAGCAGCAGCAGCUGCGGCGGCCGCAGCGGCAGCAGCAGCUGCAUCACCAGCCCCGGAAAAAGAUGACAAGGAGGUGAAGGAAGAGAAAGAGGAUGGUAAAGAAGAAGUACAGAAGGAAUCCAAAGAAGGAGAGAAGGACGAGAAAACUGAAGACAAGGAGGAGAAGAUGGAGGAAGACAAAACUGACAAGGUGAAGGAAGGAGAAGAUGAGGAGAAAGAGAAGGAUACUCAGGACAAGAAGGAAGAGGCUGAACAGAAGGAGGGUGAGAAGGAGGAGGAGGUGAAGAAGGAAGAGCCCAUGGAGGCCGAGGAGAAGAAAGAGGAGGAGGAGGAGGUGAAGGAGAAACCCAAGGAGGAAGCCGCAGCAGUGGAGGAGGAGAAGCCGAAGGAGGAGGAUGUCCCCAUGGACACCAGCGAGAAGAAAGAGGAGAAGGCCGAAGGGGCUGAUGGUGAGAAGGUGAAAGAUGACUCCAAGGAAGGUGAGAAAGCAGAGAAGUCGGAGGAGAAGAAGGAAGAUGGGGAGAAGAAAGAUGCGGAAGCAGAUGUAAAGAAGGAAGAAGACAACGAGGAGAAAAAGGAAGAGAAGAAAGAGGUUGAAGAAGACAAGGAGAAGGGAGAAAAGGACGAGAAAGAGAAGGAGAAGGUUGAACCCAAGAAGGAAUCUGUACCUCGCUCGGAGGAGGAGAAGAAGAGGGAUGAGCAGUUCCAGAAGUUUAUGUUUAAUAUUGCUGAUGGUGGCUUCACGGAGCUCCACACACUCUGGGCCAAUGAACAACGAGCCCUGCAGGCAGGGCGGGAACAUGAGGUCUGGCAUCGUCGUCAUGACUACUGGCUGCUGGCCGGCAUUGUCACAUUUGGGUAUGGUCGGUGGCAGGACAUCCAGAAUGAUCCCCGCUUCCAGAUCAUUAAUGAACCCUUCAUCAGUGAACAGGGCAAAGGAAACUUCCUGGAGAUCAAGAACAAGUUCCUGGCAAGGCGGUUUAAGCUCCUGGAACAGGCGCUAGUCAUUGAAGAGCAACUGAGACGUGCCGCUUACCUCAACCUUACUCAGGACCCCACUCAUCCUGCCAUGGCGCUCAAUGCAAGGUUUGCUGAACUUGAGUGUCUAGCUGAGAGUCAUCAGCAUCUGUCUAAAGAAUCCCUGGGCGGGAACAAGCCUGCUAAUGCUGUGCUACAUAAAGUGCUAAACCAGCUGGAGGAGCUGCUGAGUGAUAUGAAACAGGACGUGGCUCGUCUCCCGGCCACCCUAGCCCGCGUGCCCCCUGUCACCCAGCGACUACAGAUGUCCGAGAGGAAUAUCCUCAACCGAUUGGUCAACCCGAACCAGGCCACGCCUUCCUCGACGACCGGCCCUCCAACUCCAACACUCUCUGGUGGGUCAAGUUCUGCUUCAGGCUCUGCAGCCACAUCUUCUGCAGCUGUGUCCUCCCAGUUCAUGGCAGCGGCAGCUGCAGGCAACUUUGGACCAUACUCUAACUCCAGUUUUGCAGGGUUUCGACCGCAGUUUGGGGUCCCCCCUACAUCAUUUAAUCAAGGACCCAUGGGAUUUCCCAUGAUGCCGCUUUUACCAGGUGCGGUCCCCGGUGGCCAGAGUGUACGGUUGCCGUCGGCAACACCCAGCCCUUCCCAUCGGUCUCCAGCCCCAUCAUCUGUUCCUAUUGAUCCACCCAAUCCUUUUCUUGGGCCUGCUGAGCCCUUUUCUUGGCAGAUGAAACCGGACAAUCUGCCACCAGCUGGUUUGGACCAGUUUCUACCACUACGUUCAACUGGACAAGCUGAGGACCUGACCAAGAAAGAAAGUGGCCCCAGCAAGAUGGACAGUAAACUGGACGCUGCCAAGGUCAAUGGGAAGAAGGAUGUUAUAUGUAUUGAUGAUGAUUAAAGGUCAAGGUCAUGGCCCAACCUCGUCAUCAUAUGCCAUCAUGUACAGCUGUUGUUGUUUUUCUGGUCAACUCUGAAAGUCAAACUUUACACUGCAUAUAUAUCAUCUCAUCUUGUGAAUACACAUUGUUAUUCUGAGCAUGUGCAAAAGUUCAAAUAUUUUUGCCUUUAAAAAAUGCUUUACUGUGAAAAAGCUUAUCUCAUGUUUAGCUUGGUUAUAAAUAGGAUCAUUCUUCUUCUGUUCAGCUUUAAGAAUUGGGAGAAUGUUUGUAAAGCAAUGUUUACCUGAGUAAACGUCCUCACAAAUUGUAGCAUGUGAAACUGCUAAAAUAAACAUCAGUGCAUCCUGAGUAUGAUGAAGCUUGCACAACUGUUUGUUUUUCUGUGCAAUAAAUAGUCAGUAUAAAUGUCUUUUUGAGCAAUUAUUUUUACCAGUUAUGUUUAUAAUUCCUUUGAAUACCCUACCCCAUCAUCACAUGAAGGAAAGGUUUGAUGUCAAGAGGAUAUGUUCAAUAUCUAUGAGUUGCAGAUACAGAGGUAGUAUUCUUAGAAUUAUACACAGUCUUGUUUGAUAUUUUUAUGUAAAUAUCUGAAAUGUUAUCACCAUACAUAGAUAUUUUUUUUUUUGCACUGGUUAUUUUUCUGCCAAUUUAUAAGAAAUGUUAGAAAACAUCAGACAUUAUUUUCAUCUCAAAGAUAAGUCAAAAGUGACCCAUCUGGAUUGGACAGUUGGACAGGCUGGGAGUCAUUAUUUUUACCUUUUCAAAGCAGCAAAUAUUGUUCAAGUGUAAAUGGCAACUUCUCCCAUUAGUUAAUAGUGUAAGUGACAUGAAAAAUAUCUCCGCUUAAAUGCCCUUUGAAACAAAGCCUAUAAGGCUGAGACUUUGAAAGAUCCCACUGUUUAAUAGUUGUGAAUUCAAGAAUUCCAAUCUUGCAGUGGAUAUGAUUGUCAUGUAGAAAAAGUCCAAUUCUCCAGUUAUUGUGAAAGUUUAUAUGCAAUGUGUAUUUUUUUUUAUAGAUCUUUGUAAUUUUUCCUUUGUGCUUCUUUGACAUCAGAUAUUCUCUUGAAUUGAUAUUGAAUUGAUAAUCCCUUUGGAUAAUAAAGACAUUAUCUAUCUUGAAUUAUUUAUCUCUAGGAUAUCUGUAUCACUGGGUAUUAAGCUGAAACGUAGCCCACAAAUAUAGUGUUUAUAAAAGUGCUCACAGGAAAUUACAUCAUAGAUGGCUAUAUUGAAAAUAUGUCAUCAUGGAGGAAGGUCUAUCAGGCCCAUGUUUAUCCUUUUUGUUGUUAUUUUACACAUCAUGUUACCCUAAUGUCAUAUCCCCUUUUUUACUCCUAAUCUACAGUGGCUAAGGCAGCCAUGUUGAAAAUUGUCUGUUUGACUGUUUUCAUAUCCAGUUGUUGAGCAGGGUCUGUAAGUCUUGUUGGGAGUUGGUGUUGCAGGCAGUCGGUUCCUUGCUGUACUGUGUGAAGAAGGCAAUUGAGUGCUUCUUCCCUCAUGGAAGCAAGAGUCCAUUUUCAAUGUGGUAUACCUUUUGUCAUCUAGAGUGAAUGAAGUGUUUCUGAAUCAAAUGAAUUUUCAAAAGCGAAGCAAGUGAUUGGAAUGCAUCAAUAUGUUGGUCAUCAUUUUUACCAAGUUGCAGAUCUCAGUCACAUUCUGGAUCAUUGAAUUAUUUGUCAAUCUGUAUUAUUUUUUUGUCAGAUAAAUAGAUUCAGAUUCAUGUAAAAGACCUGCAGUAUAUUUGAAGUGAGUGUGAUUAUUCAGAAUCAACGUGUACAAUAUGUCAUAGCUUUAAUUUGUACCUGUAGCAUUUGUAUUAUUUAUGGAUCUGAUGAAUGAGGCAUUCAUCAGAUGUAGGCAUUCCAUUGAGAAAAAGGAACUUCAUAGUUUCCACAAGGCUGCUGAAGAUCAGCUUCGUGGGGAAUUGUGGAAAGCAUGAAUCGACAAAUGACAUCAGUAUGUGUGAAUUUUCAUCUUCAAAUACAUAGAAAGUUUAUCAUCUCCAUUUUGAUGGUUUAGAAUUGUUCAGAUUGUAAAUAUGGAAGUAUGUUUUGACCUGUUUAUGCAGGUUGUAGAAUCAAGUGUUCUAUGGCCAAAAUGUGAAAGAUAAAAUAUCAGUCUCUUUGUCUAUUAAAAAACAUUAACACUUA